AGACUGGUUGAGUCUUCUUCGUCUUCACACAACCUAAGCUUAUCUUAUAGUUGCGAUUUAUUUCUCUUUCACUUCACAAAAACAACUUCACAGUAUACGGGCCGGGUGAUGGAUACUCGGGACUCCGACCCACUGUAAUCAAAAUCAAAAGCAAUUUUAGAAGCUGGCUAUGGCGACACGGAGGUCUUGACAGAUGACGAGGAUGAUACAUAGCCGAGUAAAAGGGGCGAAGAAGCUUCUAAACCCCUCCGCUGACUCACGCACCGUCAUCAACUCGCCGACGCCGCAGCUGAAGAACCUCCCCUUCACCUCCUUCAACGGCGCCCAAGCAUCUCGAGAUAAAGAACACCAAAAACUCCACCAUGUUCUUAAAUCCUGCAAACUCCACUUGGAUUCCGCAACUGCAAUCCAAACCCACGCUAGAAUCGUUACACGUGGAUACGGCACAUACCCUUCUCUCCUUGCUUCCCUUUUAGCUGUUUAUAAGCGUUGUGGUUGUGUCACUCUUGCUACGCAACUUGUGGAUCAAAUUGUCAAUUCUGCUUGUGGUGUCAACUAUUUUAAUCUCGUUAUCGAAAGUUUAAUGAGGAAUGGGGAAUGUGACAUUGCGAAAAGAGUGUUCCGAAAAGUCCCCAACCCGGAUUUAGUUACUUGGAACACUGUUAUUGGAGGUUGUGUUCGGAAUGAGCGUUUUCAGGAGGCUUUGGGAGUGUUCCGGAAGCUGGUGAGGUCCGGUUUGGAGCCGGAUGGGUUCACAUUUUCGUCUGUUAUCACUGCGUGUGCGCGGCUUGGGGCGCUGCAUAAUGCGCAGAGGGUGCAUUGUCUGAUGAUGAAGAAGAGAAUCGAGAUGAAUUUUAUACUGAGUGCGGCUCUUAUAGAUAUGUACUCAAAGUGUGGUAGAGUGCAGACUGCUAGAGAGAUUUUUGGUAAUGUGCGGCAUGAUGAUGUCUCGGUUUGGAAUGCGAUGAUUAAUGGAUUGGCGAUUCACGGGCUUGCUUUGGAAGCAAUAGAGAUGUUCUCGAAGAUGGAGAUUGAUUAUGUGUUGCCUGAUUCAAUAACUUUUGUUGCCAUUAUGAAAGCGUGUGGUCAUUGUAACUUGGUGGAAGAGGGUCGCAAGUACUUUGAUUUGAUGACAAGUCGGUACUCAAUUCAGCCAGAAAUUGAGCAUUAUGGAGCCAUGGUUGAUCUCUUGGGUAGAGCGGGGCUUCUUGAAGAGGCUUAUGCAACUAUAAAGGCCAUGGCAGUGGAGCCGGAUGUUGUUAUAUGGAGGGCACUUCUCAGUGCAUGCAGGACUCAUAGAAAUCCAGAACUUGGAGAAGUUGCCAUUGCCAAUAUGUCCCGUCCCAGGAGCGGGGAUUAUGUGUUGCUUUCAAAUACCUAUUGCUCUAUAAAGAAGUGGGACAGUGCAGAGAGAGUGCGAGAAAUGAUGAAGAAAAAAAGAGUUCGUAAAAAUCAAGGGAAGAGUUGGCUUGAGUUGGAAGGUGUGAUCCACCAAUUCAGGGCUGGUGAUCAGACACACCCUGAAAUGAAAUCAAUAUAUAGAGUGUUGGAAGCAUUGAUCAAGAGGACCAAGUCGGAGGGCUUUGUGCCUGUGACAGAGUUGGUUUUGAUGGAUGUAUCUGAAGAGGAAAAAGAGGGAAAUUUAAAUUCUCAUAGUGAAAAGUUGGCGUUGGCCUAUGGGAUCCUGAAAACAAGUCCUGGAACAGAAAUCAGGAUCUCAAAAAACCUUCGGAUCUGUCACGACUGUCAUUGCUGGAUAAAGUUGGUUUCAAGACUACUCAAUAGAGUUAUAAUUGUGAGGGAUAGGAUUCGUUUUCACCACUUUGAAGGUGGUAUGUGUUUGUGUGGAGACUAUUGGUAGCCAAUACCAUCAAUAUCUGGUAUGACUUGUCAACGAAGUGAUUACUGUAUGAGCUGUUUUGUAGAAAUCUAGAAGCACUUGAAGGAUAACCAAGAACCUAUGUGAUACUGAAUAAUCUUCGAUUCCUAUACCCCGUCAUACCCCAUCAGGGUAACACUGGGAGAGAGCCAUCAUGGUCCAGAUAUUUAAACUUGGUCAACUGCUAACAAACUGACUAGAGGUGAACUACUUUGAAAUUUAAAGUUACUGUUAAGCAGUAAGCACCAUAUGCAAUGGUCGACCUACAGCAGAUCGAGGCUCAUAAGUACUGAUAAAUGAUAUGUAGUAUAGUGGAGCAGAGACCUGCAAAAUGGAGAGAGCUCCUAGGUAUGCUCGGAUAUCACUGUUUGAAUAUCCCCAACCUUCCAGAUCACCUAUGAAGAUAAACUUCUCCUGUCCUGGUGGCAUCCUGAAACAUCAAGUUCAAAUCAUCAAAAAUUACAGUUUUGGAAUCUACGGACUACUGCUAUGAUUGAGCUUUUCCUCGGCAGAACAUAAGAUCAGAUGUAAAACAUACUGGGCUGACAUGAGCACAAGCAGCAAUCACCUUGGAGAAGGCAUCUUUCCUUUCAACAAAUACUCUCAUCUGACGAAUUCUUCUCAUCUCCUCCGUCUCUUGGGUGCUGCUUUUCAUCUCAUUACUUGUAGUUGUAUGUAACCUUGCUACCGCUUGUUCUGCUUCAUCUUUCAUGGUUUUGUUGGACUCCAACUCAGGAACACAACAGAUUGGUGAGAUGCAUGACCUGGGCAAGACAUCACUUUUGAAGACAAAUCAAAGCUUUUAUUAGUUACACCAACACACAAGUUCACAUGUGCACAUCUAUGACACACCAUAUCACACUACAGUUAAAUGUUAUAUCAGUAGUUGCAAUUUUCAAUAUUACAAUUUCUCAUAACCCCAUUGACCCCAAAAGUCAUAAACAGAAGAUCAAGUAAAAACCUAGUGAUUGUAUGUGAUUCAGAAAGAUAUGAUAUGUAAUCAUGUUUAGUACCUUGGAGGAAGGAUCCUGGGCUUCAACAAAAGCUCUCAUGAGACGAGUUUUGGUCAGCUCCACCAAUUCACUGCUGUUUUUCAUAGACAAUGGCAGAAUGUAUAAGAUCUCUGAUAAAUAGAGAUGAAGCUGGAAGAGAGCUCAGGAAUGCUGAUGGAGAAAUAGAGAACUGCAGAUUGAAUAGGACUUUUCUAGAAAGGCAUAAGUCUUCUGUGGCCACCUUUUCCCGCUCAAUUAAAUUCUUCUGUCCGUUUGCUCCCCCAUCAAUUUCAACUCUAAAGGAGUCGAGGAGCUUCAUUAAUGGCAUGUAUCCAUCUAUCCAUCCCAAGCUGUACACAUGCAUAAGAAAAUAGCAAAGCUACAAGUUAUAUC